AUGGUGUCCGCUAGCACACCUCGCGGAAUCGCGAUUCAGCGCAUCCAAAAAGAUAGCAUCCGGGACAGGAUUGAGCGCAUAACUGAGGAUCUCAAGGAAAUUAAGAAGUUUUAUCCCAUCAAGGUCUCUUCAACCAGAACGCAGCGACUACACCAGUUCCUCACGUCCGAGUUACAUUCUCUCCGUGAUCAACCUUUUCAUUUGUAUGACCAACAGGAGAAAGUGGACUACCUCCUUGUCAAGAAUUAUUUGGAGAGGCAACUCCGCGAACUGCAGCUUGAUUCCAUUCAAGAUCAAAAGGCAACACCCCUUCUUCCAUUCGCGAAAGCGAUAAUCGGUCUCUGCGAAAAUCGUGCGAUUGGCUCACCGAUAGAGCCUCAGAGUGUCGCGCAGGAGCUGUUUGAAUCCCAAUGUCAAAUCAAUGAGCUGGUCCACAGGAUCAACAGUGAUUCCACUCAGUUCAACGUGGGAAGGAAUUCCGCAUUUCGCGCAGCGAGCACUAUUGACUCUCUGCGAGACCAUCUGGAAGAAUGGGUUGGGUUUUACAAAGGAUAUGACCCCUCAUUUGAUUGGUGGGUGUCGCACCCUUACGGAGUCGUGGAUGCCAGCUUACAGACUGUCGCAUCUACUAUUCGCGAGAAAUUGGUCGGCAUUGACCAAAAAAACGAGGAUGAAAUUGUCGGCCAGCCAAUUGGACGAGACGGCUUACUUGCCGAGCUUCUGGCUGAAAUGAUUCCCUACACCCCGGAAGAGUUGAUCUCGAUCGGGGAAAAUGAGUUUGUUUGGUGCCUUAACGAGAUGAAAAAGGCAUCGAAGGACAUGGGCUACGAUGACUGGCACCAGGCACUGGAACAUGUCAAGAACGACUUCGUCGAGCCAGGGAAACAGACACAGCUUGUUCGUGAUCUUGCAGAAGAGGCGACAUCCUUCGUUGAAAAGCACAAGCUUGUUACUGUCCCGCCACUUGCUAAGGAAACUUGGCGUAUGUUUAUGAUGUCGCCAGAGCGGCAGAAAGUGAACCCAUUUUUUCUUGGGGGCAAAUCUAUCAUCGUGUCAUACCCAGUUAGCACCAUGAACCAUGAAGACAAGUUGAUGAGUAUGCGCGGGAACAACAUUCAUUUUGCCCGGGCAACGGUUUUCCAUGAGAUGAUCCCCGGUCAUCACCUGCAAAUUUUCAUGAACGCAAGACAUAGACCCUACAGACGUCUAUUUGAUACUCCUUUCUGGAUCGAAGGAUGGUCAUUAUACUGGGAGUUCAUUCUCUGGGAUGACGACCGAUUCAGGAAAACUCCUCAGAACCGCAUUGGCAUGCUUUUUUGGCGACUUCAUCGGUGUGCCCGCAUCAUCUUUUCCAUCAAAUUCCAUCUUGGUCAAAUGUCUCCUCAGGAGUGUAUUGACCUGCUAGUUGAUCAAGUCGGACAUGAGCGCGCAACAGCCGAGGGGGAAGUUAGGAGGUCGCUAAAUGGCGACUACUCCCCAUUGUACCAAGCGGGAUACAUGCUGGGUGCCUUGCAGAUUUACGCACUUCGUAAGGAAAUGGUUAAUUCAGGGCGAAUGGCGGAGAUGGAUUUCCACGAUCAGUUCUUGAAGGGGAAUCGCAUGCCGAUUGAACUGGUCCGGGCUUUGAUGCAGGACCAGGCACUAACACCGGAUUUCCAGACGUCUUGGAAGUUCUAUUCCUCUUAA